CCACAAUCAUGACGUAUUUUAAAAUCGACCAAAUGGUACCGUCGUGACAUCAUCAACCUGAGACGAGAAAGCAGCGCUGAAAACUGAAAAUGCUUUUCUACUCAUUUUUCAAGUCCCUGGUGGGGAAGGACGUGGUGGUGGAGCUGAAAAAUGARUUGAGCAUCUGUGGAACACUUCACUCGGUUGAUCAGUACCUGAACAUUAAACUGACAGACAUCAGUGUCACGGAUCCAGAGAAGUAUCCACACAUGUUAUCAGUGAAGAACUGUUCUGUUAUCUUCUGUCACCAGUUAUCAGUGAAGAACUGUUUCAUCCGAGGCUCUGUGGUGCGAUACGUCCAACUACCUGCAGAUGAGGUCGACACUCAGCUGUUACAGGACGCUGCGCGCAAGGAGGCACUGCAACAGAAGCAGUGAUGCUUUAACACAUGACAUCAUGGCUGGGAGGGAGGGAGGGAGGGAUUUGGAAGAUGGACAGAUUAUGUUUUAGUUCGGUGUAAACAAUCCAAAUUAAUUUAAUCUGUUUGCAUAGAAACCCCUGAAAUCUUUUCCUUGUUGUCUAGCCUGGUUUGCCACAUUGGUAUUGCAGUGCUUUAGUGUCACCUACCUCAAAUGCCAACUAAGGUCUCCCAGCACCUGAUACCCUACUGUUUUGUAAACAUUUGGACAACACUUCCUGUUCUCUAUUCUAUACAGCACCACUAUUUGUUGAUGUCAGAAAUGGCCUGUUUUAUUUUAAUUUUAUUGGUGUCCUUGUGAAGCAGUAUCCAGAAUGAAUAUAUUCUCCUUUUGAAGACUGUUCUUCUGCUCAGAUUGAGAAUAUUCUCUGCUUCUUUUCUUUUUCWAAAACCAGUUUUGAGUUUGUAAUGACUCAUGUUAUUUGCAUCACCUUUUUGAUUUGUAGAUAAACCUUGUUUAAAUCCUG